GAGAGUGAUCCAGAGCACCCACCCCUUGGCUGGCAGGAUUGCCCUCUGCUCAGGAAGCUGCCUCACCAAGGUCAACGCAGGGCGGAAGGGUCUGCCCCCUGCCUCAGGCUGGGUGUCUCUGAAGGGCUUCUUGGCUCCUGAGCUCUCACAAGAUGGGCUGAGGCCUCUGUGGCAACCACAUCCACGUGACUGCCUUCUCCCUCUGCCCAAGGCUGCUUCCCCUGCUCCCUGGUGAACCUCCUGCACGCAGUCCUCCAUCUCGCUUUCUGUUUCCUGGGAAACCUGCCUGUAAGAGACGAAGGUUGAAAAGAUGACCUCUGCUCUGUCACCAUGAGGCUGCUCCCCCUCCGAAGAAUAGACAUCCCUUAGCUUCCCUGUGGCGACAUGCAGCCCCUCAGAACACUCUUCCUAUACCGAGACCUCCGUUGUCUACUCGAUCGUGAGGACCGCCACCUCUGUGCCCGUCAUCCUUGCUGCUUCAGGUCGUUAGUGGGAUAGGGGCUCGGCUGGCUCAGAGGGGACCAGCUGGUACGCAGGAGGAUUUGACUCUCACUUCUGGAUCUGGGGAUUUUCUCCAGAGCACUCUGGAAAGAGACCCUGACUUGAGGAUACAGUCUGAUGAUUGGUAGAACUGUGAAGACGUGUCCCGGCCAUUUGGAAAAUCCACGGGGCCUAACAGCCCUGGUGGGAACAGCGUGAUGCUUGGAGACAUACAUGCGGUUGCCUCUCCUGCCCCCCUACGACUUGCUGGGAGGCUCUAACCAGGCAGGGUCACAGCCUGCUGGUUUUGUCCUGCUGGCGUAACAUGGAGGCGGGGCGGGGGUUAUAAAUCUGGGAGCACAUCACAUGUCCCCCAGCGACACCCACUGCAACAGCCACGCAGCCCAGAGUCCCAGGCUUCCCUGGCUCCCGCGCCUGCAGACGACCUCCAGCGUGAGUGGCUCUGCGGUGGGAACGUUGAGCCCCUGCUCAGAGUCCUGGGCCUACAGCUGAUGCUGCCUAAAAAGCUGGAGCCUUAGCAUCCUACACCCAAAGAACUGGCAAGUCCCCUUCUGGGCAGGUGCUGGGAGGGCCCUUUUAGGCGACGAAGGCUGCUUCUGAAGUUGGGGCAUCCCAAGGAGGCACCGGCAGCCGAGAUGUCCACACAGAGCACUGACGACCUGGAGCCCAAGGCCUUGGACCUGCAGCCUGGGAUCCCAGAGGCCCCAAACCAUGAGCAGCGACGGCGCCACACGCUUCCCGCCAGUGAGUUCCGCUGCCUCACUCCGGAGGACGCUGCCAGUGUGUUUGAGAUCGAGCGCGAAGCCUUCAUCUCCGUCUUGGGCAUCUGCCCCUUGCAUCUGGAUGAAGUCAAGCACUUCCUGACCCUGUGUCCAGAGCUGUCCCUGGGCUGGUUCCAGGAGGGCUGCCUCGUGGCCUUCAUCAUCGGCUCACUUUGGGACCAGGAGAGACUCACUCAGGAGUCACUGACGCUGCACCGGCCCGGGGGCCACACUGUCCACCUGCACGUGCUGGCCGUGCACCGCGCUUGCCGGAGGCAGGGCAAGGGCUCCACGCUGAUGCGGCGUUAUCUGCAGCACGUGGGCGGUCAGCGAGCGGCGCGCCGGGCCGUGCUCAUGUGUGAGGAUGGGCUGGUGCCCUUCUACCAGAGGCUCGGCUUCCGCCUCACGGGCCCGUGCGCCAUCACCCUGGGCUCACUCACCUUCAUGGAGCUCCAGUGCUCCACGCAAGGCCACGGCUCCCUGCGCCGGAACAGCGGCUGCUGACGCCUGCCGUCCCCACGGUGCCCACAGCCACCCGGCCCCGGUGUCCCCUUCUCUCCCCAGCCCAGGCUGGAUGCCCAACCGUGCCAGAGGUGGGGCUGGGUUGGUAACUGGGGACGGCAGGAGGUGUCCUGCGACCCGCCUCGGUGACCCUGUUGUUCUCAGGAACUGAUGGUGGACCCUCUGGGCAGGCAGCCUCCUCGCCUCAUGUGAGGUCCCUGGUGCUCAGGCCCUUAUUCUCCCCAGCCUCAGGGAUUUCCCUUCUCGUCCUCAGCCCCAGAAUGGGGGGUAGCUGGGAGCAGGGAAGUGCAGGGGUUACCUCCCAGCUCCCCCCAUGUGCCCCCCACCGCUCGCCUCGGACACCCUGGGUCCUCUUCGCUCUAAUAAAAUAGU